AGAGCACUAGCGCGGGCACUUCUGUCGGGGCAGGGGGCUGCAGCGCUAUUCGGAUGCAAUGGUGGUUUCUAUUUCUGUUUCUGCUCCUGUGGUGGCAUCGCAACACUGCAAGAUCAGUUGUAUCCAUUGCAGUUAAGUUUGCGGGAUCUGGACAUGAGAGGAUCCAGCGUGUACGUGUGACUGUGCCAGCUCUUCGGCAUUUCUCCUGACCGCACCUCCUGCUCGCGUGCAUCUGACUAGCGCCCGAUUCCGACUACUAAAUACACCGAUCCCCAGCGCUUGUGUCCUUCAUCUGGUUUUGGGAGCUACCCGAACGACCAUGCAUCGGUUUGUCUUGGCUGCCAGGCAGGCUGCGGCAGGGCAGUGCGGCCGCGGGCCGGGGGGCUGCAGCCGGGGCGGAGGGACGGACGUGGCUCUGCGCGGCGCCGCUUCGCUGCCGGCCGGGCGGCAGCCGCGGGGUCCCCGGCGGGAGGGGUCGGUGCGCUGGAGCAGCGCUGCCAAGGCCUCCGCCGUGAAGAUCAACGAGAAGGCGAGCAGGGAGAAGAUCCUGACGCUGGAGUCCAUGAACCCGCAGGUGAAGGCGGUGGAAUACGCGGUGCGCGGCCCCAUCGUUCUGAAAGCCGGGGAGAUCGAGAAGGAGCUGCGGAAGGGAAUCAAGAAACCUUUUACUGAAGUGAUUAAAGCCAACAUUGGAGAUGCACAUGCAAUGGGACAGAGACCAAUCACCUUCCUCCGUCAGGUAGUGGCCCUGUGUACAUACCCAAACCUGUUGGAUAGCCCGAGCUUUCCAGAAGAUGCCAAAAAGCGUGCCAGGCGGAUCUUGCAGGGCUGUGGAGGAAACAGCUUAGGAUCCUACACUGCCAGUCAAGGUAUAAAUUGCAUUCGUGAAGAUGUGGCUUCAUAUAUUGAAAGAAGAGAUGGAGGGGUUCCUGCAGAUCCAGAUAACAUUUACCUCACCACUGGGGCAAGUGAUGGCAUUUCUGCAAUUUUAAAGAUCCUGAUCUCAGGAGGUGGCAAAUCCCGAACAGGAGUGAUGAUUCCUAUACCCCAGUAUCCCUUAUACUCAGCAGCCAUCUCUGAACUGGAUGCUAUCCAGGUGAACUACUAUUUGGAUGAAGAAAAUUGCUGGGCUCUAAAUGUGAACGAACUUCGCCGUGCCUUGAAUGAAGCUAAGGCAUAUUGCAAUCCAAAAGUCCUCUGCAUCAUCAACCCUGGAAAUCCCACAGGACAGGUGCAAAACAGAAAGUGCAUUGAAGAUGUGAUACACUUUGCUUGGGAAGAAAAACUUUUUCUUCUGGCUGAUGAGGUUUACCAGGACAAUGUGUACUCUGAAGGAUGCCAGUUUCAUUCUUUCAAAAAGAUUCUGUAUGAGAUGGGACCCGAGUACUAUAACAAUGUUGAGCUGGCCUCUUUUCACUCCACCUCUAAGGGAUACAUGGGCGAAUGUGGCUACAGAGGAGGUUACAUGGAGGUCAUAAACUUGCACCCAGAAAUCAAAGGACAGCUCGUUAAGCUGCUCUCUGUUCGCCUUUGUCCUCCAGUCUCAGGACAAGCAGCCAUGGAUAUUGUGGUGAAUCCUCCAGUACCUGGAGAAGAAUCUUAUGCACAGUUUAUAAAGGAGAAGGAAUCUGUUUUGAACAAUCUUGCCAAAAAAGCCAAACUAACAGAAGACAUGUUUAACAAGAUCCCAGGAGUUCACUGCAACCCCCUUCAAGGAGCUAUGUACGCUUUCCCUCGGAUCUUUAUUCCUUCCAAAGCCAUUGAGGAAGCAAAGGCUCAUAAAAUGGCACCUGAUAUGUUCUAUUGCAUGAAACUUCUGGAAGAGACUGGAAUAUGUGUUGUACCUGGAAGUGGAUUUGGCCAGAGAGAAGGGACCUACCAUUUCAGAAUGACCAUUCUUCCUCCAGUAGAGAAGCUGAAGAUCCUACUGGAGAAAGUGAAAGAUUUCCACAUAAAGUUUCUUGAAAAAUAUGCAUGAAACUACUGUGGCUUUUCCCCCUCAUCCCCUCUCCUUCAAGGCAAAUGCAGACAAUGAACAAUGAUGUGCUGAGAAUGUGCUGUUUAUCUAAUUUAACUAAAUUCAAAAUAGAUAGAACCAGACUCAGAUACUGCUACAACUUAUUGGACUAUUAAAGUUAUGUCUAGUGUAGAAGACAUUGUUACACCAAGUUUUUUUUUAAGGGGAAGGGGAAGAAUGUAAGAAAUCGGUGAGAAGAAAGAGUCAGUAAAUGUUUUUGUGCCUUGAUUGAAAGUUACAUUUGUGAACUUUUGACUCAAUAAGUUGGGGAAGGGAAUUGCUCAUUAAAAUUACUACUGUCA